AUGAAAGAAAUAGUCAUCAAACCUCUCCGAACUCAUCACUAUAAACCACUAUACGUUAAAAUAAACGAGAUUCAAGAAGAAAUAUCUGUUAAUAUCAACAACACAAUACCCAUUGAAAGUCCAUAUCCAUUUCGCCCAUGGCAUACCAACCUUAUUGAAGUCAACACUGAUCUUAAAACAUUCUACAAAAACUUCACACCACACAGACAAAUCAUCAAUUCGUUCCACGAAAUAAUAAACAAUAACUUCAACAGUUUUUACCAAAUAUGUACAGACGCUUCUAAAGCCCCAAAUCAAACUGGUUUUGCUAUCACACAUACGUCACAAAAUAUCUUGUUCAAACUUCCUCAAUUUACGAGCAUCUACACAGCAGAAAUUCUGGCAAUUUUCGAAGCACUAUCAACAUAUUCUCUAUCCGUAACUCACAGUAAUAUCCUCAUACUAAGUGACUCUAUGAGUGCUAUAUCAGCUAAAUCGAACACCAACACAAAAUGCAACAUUGCCUAA